CUUGGCAUUUGUUUCAAAAUUCCUCCUACGCAAGACGAACAAAAUCUUUGUCAAAUCAUGAAUCCCGAUUUCGUCGAAAUUGUCCCUCCCCGUCAGCUACGCCGUAGCCCGGAACGUGGCCAACCUAGUGGACUGCGACCACCCAGCAGAAUCACCGCUCCCCAAAGCCGUCUGCGCCCACCCAGCGGCGUCGCUCCGCCUCCGGCCACCGGAAUCCGUCCUCCAUCGGCGAGCGGACUACGACCUCCUGGAGGACUCCGCCCUCCUUCGACGGUUCGCACGAUAGGGGAAGUUGUGCCACCCAAGAAGGUCAUUCCACUGCCGGGACCUUCGGGAAUGCAGAAGCUGGCAGCCAUUCCGAAGCCCGUACGGCCACCUGGUGGCAUUCCAAAGCCGGGUCAUGCCCGGAUUGUGCUACCGGUUGCACGAGCGGCGUCGACUUCCUCACUACUUCCGAAACCUUCGUUUCUGCAAGCUCCAAAAAUUAAUCUGGCUCCGGUCACGCCGAAACGCCCACCAGGUCAUCCAGUACCUCAGGUCCCUCGGACGCCGAAAGCAGUGCCACGACUUGCGCCAAAGACUCCGGUUAUGCUGCCUAGAACGGCGGUCAAACAGCGGAUCGUCUCCGAAGAUCCAUCCGCCGAGACGUACAACAUCGCCGGUCGUGAGGUAGAGUUCGUAGACUAUGAGGACUCCCCACAAAAGGUGGUUCGAAGAGGCGUGGUACCGCGACCCCUACCCAUGGACAGUCCCGAAAGCCCGGACAGUCUGUGGAGUUCGUACGUUCCCUGGAAGCCGUCCCAGUUUUUGUUGGACAUGGUCCAGAAUGUCCCAGAUAGUCCUCCCAAGCAGCGGUACGUCUCCGAAGAGAAUCCCACGGCAGAGGAAAUUCGGCUAUUCCACGAAAAAAUCCGAGCUGACCUUGAGCGUUCCCGGAAGUUGGUCGCCGACAUGCAGGAAUUCUACGAUCGAAAAUCCGCCGAUCUGCAAAGGAUCAAGGCGAUGGUCGAAGAAGAAGACCGUUUGUCUCCGGAACAGAAACAACUGAACCUGGAAGCGUUCCGGGAGCGGUACGGUGUCACGCAGAGUCCCAAAAUGCGGCAGCUGCUGGAGGUCACCGGCGAGUGGAACCGGGACAUCCUAGAGAGGCGGGAGUUUGAGGAAAGAGUGGCCAAAGCGGGAACAUUUGUGCGAAAGGAGCGAAUCCGGCGUGUCCCGACGUUGGAAUCCGUCCGCGAAUCAGAAGAAGGCUCCCCGAUGUCGGACGUUCGUCGGCUGCAGAUCGAGCAAGCCCGUCAGGAGAAGAUCGACGAACACAAGCAGCGAAUCCAGGUGCAGCAGGAAUACCAACGGUUGAUGGAAGACCGCAAGCGAAACAUUGCCAGCCGUAGGCCGUACUCCAAGCAGGAACGUGAGGAAAUUCGGAAGCGAUACCAGGAAGCUCAAGAGUGGACGUACACAGCGCUCACCGAAGAGGAGCUGGACGCCGCCCUCAAGCGAGCAGAAAUGCUCGAACUCGAGGAAGAGGGCGUAUCAAUGCAGGACUCCCCGAAAAAGAUCGUCGAAGCACUAUUCCCGGAUGCGGCUCCCUCAGCAGAAAUAUCCGGCAUCGCUUGCGACGUCCUCAUCCCGUCGGAAAUCCCCGUCGACAAGAUGAACACGAUGAACAGCUUGGACCACAGCACAGCUGAAAUCGCGCUGAAAGCCAGCUCGAUUCCAGCCCCGGCGGAGGACGCCGCCAAAAAGAUCCUAGCGGACAGCCUCCAUCAAAUGGCCACCACGGUGAUCGAAGCGCGGCCGACGCCGCCCCCGCUGGAUCCGCUGUACGAAAUCGACCUCAAGCUGGACCGGCCCAAGCGCCAGAACUACAUCCAGCUGCAGGGGUCGACCCCGCCCGCCUGGUUCCCGGGCUUUUACGCCGUCUUUCCGGGGGCGCCCGGACUGGUGCAGGCCACCAAGUCGCCCAGCUCAACGCUGCUGACGGCGUGGCGCAAGAUGCAGCCGUCGAUUGCGGCGGCGAUUUAG